UACUCAUAAGUCAUACCCACCCCAUACACCUGUCUCUCCUCUCUCUUUCUCUCUCUCUCUCUAAGAUCAUGACAACUAGCAAAGGAGGUAAUGCACCGUCACAACCAAGUCUCGAGUGUUGCAUGUGUGGAGAUCAUGGUCUCUCUUCUGAGCUUUUCAAGUGCAAAGCCUGCAAAUUCAGAUCUCAACACAGAUAUUGUAGCAAUCUGUAUCCCAAAGCUGAGACAUACAGAGUCUGCAAUUGGUGCCUGAGUCAGAAGGAUGAUACAGUAGAGAAAACACAAAACUCUUGUAAUUCACCACCAUCAUCAUCAACACAUAGGAACAACAAUAGUAGUGAAGAUGAUCAUAUCAUGAUCAAGAACAAGAAAAAGAUUAGUGGCAAUCAUGGAGGGCUAAAGGGUCAAAGGGGGACUUUGCAGUUGCAAUUCAACAGCCCCAUCAAGAAACAAAGGUCCCCGGAGAAAUCGCCUUUGUCGUCAGCCCGGAAAAGGGUCACCACCGGCGGUGGCGGUGGCGGUGGCGGUGGUGUGGAGGAGAGACUAAGGAGGACUAAGUCAGAGGAGAUAGCAAAUGGUGGGAUCACAAAAGUUUUUAGAAAUAAGGUGAGAAGGUAUAAGCUAUUGGAUGAGGUCUCAAGCCAAUGAAUGAAUAAUAUGCCCAUUUUAAGCAGGUAUAUUGUGAGUCUCGUACACUGGUCAACGGUUUUUGACAGAUUCUGUAAUGAACAGAGGCCUAUACUAGUCUAAUUUUAAUUUGAGCGAUUUUUUUUCGAAUUCAGCAUUGAAGAGAGUCUCCUGCACUAAUCAAGUUGUAAUCCGAAUGUAAUAUUUUAUAAAUAUACAAUAUAUGUGAUGAUAUUUAUAGUUGUUCAAUAUGAAAGAGGGAGUUUAAUUUA